CUGCAGUAUGGCUUCGUGACGCUGUUCGUGGCCGCGUUCCCGCUGGCGCCGCUGUUCGCGCUCAUCAACAACGUGGGCGAGAUCCGCCUGGACGCCUACAAGAUGCUGACGCAGGCGCGCCGCCCGCUGGCCGAGCGCGUGGAGGACAUCGGCGCCUGGUUCGGCAUCCUGCAGGGCGUCACCUACCUCGCCGUCGUCUCAAACGCGUUUGUAAUUGGUUAUACGAGUGACUUCAUCCCGCGGAUGGUCUACAAGUUCGGGUAUUCCAAUAACUCUGACUUGGUAGGAUACAUUGAUUCGUCGCUUUCGGACUUCAACACUUCCCAUUACGGCCAGGACAUGGGCGCAAAGAACAAGAACGGGACCAAGGACCCCGACUCGUGCCAGUACCGCGGGUACCGCAAGAGCUUCAGGGAGCCUCUGGAGGAGGAC